AUGCAUUCGAUUUGGAACACCGCAAUUACUGUACUUUUCCUAUUCGUUACUGCUGAAAGAUCUGAUGCAGCACUGAAAAAUCGAACCGGCGAAGGUCAUUUUUACUGGGGACAACCGUUUGGGAUACCGCAAUGGCCAAGACAAGGCUGGGUACAACCACAAAACUGGAUGCAGCCUCAAGGUGGAAUUUCUUCACAGGGAUGGGCAUUACCCCCAGGUUGGGUACCAUCAUCAGCUCAGCCAACUCCAUCACCAUUUUUGUGGAAUCUUUUUGACGACAGAAAUGUUUGUACAUUGGAUGCGUCAAUAUUAGUUGUUUUGGACAAUGACCGACCAACUGCACCAGCAGGUCUGGAUAUUAAUGGACAGUCACCAUCUUCCUAUUACGGUGGUGACUUGUCCUCAAAUGCAGUGCGGAUGGCAUGUUCCAACAUAGCGACAACGUCCGCUCAAGCAUGCACAGCUUGCUGUAAAAUGGCAUGUAAACACUACACCAUAAGUGUGGGAGAUGUUUAUGGAUUCCUCAUAAAUUCGACAAGACUCACCGCCGGUCAAUUCCCAGAUAUUACGCUACCGGCAUUUCAGGGAAUGCAGCACCAAGGAUCGAUACCGCCACAAACCUUACCACCACUGCCACCAGUUUCUUGUGUGUGUUGUGGACCACGACGUUAUUUCACCAGUUGGCCUUCUUCGGCACCUAAUCCACCACCACAACAAAUGUGA